AUGAGCUCGACAAGUAUCGGUCAGUUAAUGGCUGAUAUGCGUCAGCUUGUGAUCAACUUGCAAACACGUGAACGUGCUACGGAUAGUGCGCUUGCAAAGAGUCAGAUUGUUAAUGAUAAAAUUUGUGGUAUGAAAGAGUACCAGGAAGAAGUGGCAGGUAUGAAUGAUUGCUGGCGAAUGCAAGGCCGCAAAGUGCUUGUUGCAGGCUUGCAACAUGAAAACCGGCAAAUUUUGCAGUUACAGCAAGAGAACAGGGAGCUUCGCCAAGCGUUGGAGGAUUGCGAAAAUACCCUACAAUUAGUAAUGCAAAAGCAUAGGGAUGUUAUAACAAAACUUGCGAAGCAGUUUAUUCCAUCAUUUCGAACCUCAGUUGCACAAAAUAGCAAGAAAUGUGAAGGCCAUAUGAACGAAAAAAUCGUCAAUCUCUCAAGGUUGUUGAAUGAAUGUCUUGCAGAUGGUGAGAGCGUUUCGAAUCAUGAUCAAGAGUUAAUAGCAAGGCUUGCAACAGAGAAUGCAUGCCUUAGGGAACUGCUAAAUAUUUCAACUCACAACGAAACGGACAUUGCACGUCACUUCAUCGAUCUUACAAGUGGUGGGAUACCGAAUUAUUCUAAUGGUCCCAAAACUGGUUGUAAUAAAAACUGCGAACAAAGUAACACAUCAACGCUUGCUGGGAAUUCGCUCCUGCACAGCAACGAAGAUGUCAGGCAAAAUUCCGUUUUGUUGAAGGUGUCUGAUACUACGAUUAAGAAAAAUGCAAUAUCUCAUGCACAAGGAAGAAAACAGUGCGGUAAAUGA